AUGCCCCUAAAGCCCGAUCUCCUCAUCUGGACCGACGGCUCCCGCCACAGGGAGCAAGGAUUCUCCGGCUGCGCGGUCGUGUUUGGCGGCAAGUUGUGGAAGAACCCACGCUUGGGUAGUUUCGGCGUCUCCCUGGGAGUACAGCCCUCAGCAGACGUAGCAGAGAUCUACGGCCACAUCUACGCCCUCCGCCUCGCCCUCUGGCUCCACGAGACGUACUGCCCGCCGCGCGAAAAGCGCUUCUUCGAUCGUGUGGUCAUUGUGACCGAUAGCAAGUUCACCUCCGACCACUACGACUUCCUGCUAUUCAGCGCCUCCCCCGCCCAGCUCGCCGCCGCACCGGCCAUCGUGCAAGAGGCCGUCGGCCUCAUAAGACAGAUUUUGAAGCUUGGAGUGGGGGUGGAAGUCCGUUGGGAGCGAAGAGAUUCCUCCCACGGCAAUAGGGAGGCGGAUCGGCUGGCGGGAGUGGCGUCCCGGAUAGCGAACAAGGGAUACGGGGUGGAGGAGUGGGUGGAGGAGAUAGCGGUGAGGGAGGAGAAGAAGUAG